AUGUACUGUGACUCAUUGCAUGGGCAACUCGCAGCACAGGAAGAGGCGAAGAAUAAUUCAAAAAAACGCGGGAAGUUAAUGGGAAAUGGCUUACCUUGUUAUCUGAGUGGAGAUGCUUUCUACACGCGAGUUGUCGACCAUGAGAAAGCAGCAGCAGAUGAAGAAGUGGCCAAGCAAGCUCGAAAAGAGGGGAGAGAACAACGUGCUGCAGUUUUGGAGGAGUGGAAGAAGACGGAAGAAGCAAGAAAGAAGCGUAACAGGGAAUUAAAGGGGAAGUAUCAAAUGGACUUGGAGCGGUGGAAGGAGGAAAAAGAACUCGCGAAGUUGGAGAAGCGUCGGCUGGCGUGGAAAAAGCCAACGCGAGGUAAAUUGGAGGCGCCGUUACCUAAACCGGUACUUGCGGAGGGCACUGCAGGUGACGAGCUUGAUGUUGACGGUGAUGACUAUGAGAAUGCCAGUGACGAGGAUGAAGAGGAGUAG